AUGAAUUCAAUAAAAUUGUUUUUUUUUAUUUGUUUAGUGAAAGUUUGCUUAAGCAAAUGCAAUUCAAUAUUUUUUAAUAAAAAUGUUGAUAAAUGGACAAAAGAACUUUUAAAAAUGCCUAAAAGUGAAUAUAAUAAUUUAAAUGAGUUAAAUGAACUUAAUGAUAGACAAUUUUGUGGAAAAUCACUUAAACAUUUAGCAGGGUUAAUUUUAGAUAAAUCAGAUAAAGAAGCAAAGUUAAUUAUUGAAGGAUCCAUAAUAUCUAAUAAACUAAUAUUAAAAAUGGGAGAUAUAAAAGAAAAGGAGAUUAAUAUUAAUGAUAUAAUUUUACCAAUAGAAACUUUAUCAAAUAAAUGUAUUAACAUACGACACAUGAAGGAGUUUGAUUCUAUAAUUUUAUGUUUAGGUAAUAAAGUUAUCAGAAAUUUUUGGAUAAAUUCAAUAACCGAUGCUGUUUUAUGUAAAAUGACAAAAAAUAAUGGAAAACUACCUGAAUUUAAUUAUGAGGAAAAAAAGGAAAAUAACAAUAACGAAAAUGAUGAAGAAGAGGAAAACGAAGAAGAUAAUAAAGGUGAAAAUAGAAACGAAAAAGAUGAAAAAAAAAAAAAAUACAUUAACGAAGAAUUUGAUGAAGAAGAAGAAAAUGAAGAAAAAGGAUUAAAAUUAAGAAUAGCUAAAAGUAAAUUUGGAUAUCCACAAGUAAAAAUUAAUGGAAAAAAUGUAGAAGAUAUUAAAAAAGAAGAAUUAUCAAAAAAAUUAUCAAAGUCUCAAAAUGAAUUAAACAAUUUACAGAAUGAAGAAUAUGAAGAAAGUCCUAAUAAUGACACAGAUAUAGACAAUACAGAAUAA